AUUUGCGAAACUCCGUGGCGGUUUGAAGAGCAAAAAAAGGAAAAGGAAGCAGCAGAAGCAACAGCAACGGCAGCAGAAGCAGCAGCAGCAGCAGCAGAAGCAGCAGCAGCAGAAGCAGCAGAGAAGCAAAAGGCAGCAGAAGCAGAAGGAAGGCUUCUUGCUGCAGAGGUUCGCAAGCUGCAGCAGCAACUCGAGAGAAGCAAAGAAGACCUGCAUAAUGAAGAGGUUAGCAGCAGCAGCAGCAGAAACAGCAGCAGCAGAAGCAGCAGCAGCAGCAGCAGCAGCAGCAGCAGCAGCAGCAGCAGCACAAGCAGCACAAGCAGUGGCAGCACAAGUGGCAGCAGUACGAUAAGCGGCAGUAGCAGAAGCAGCACUGGUACAGGCAGCAGCAAAAGCAGCAGCAGCAACAGCAGCAGCAUGUCUGAUAAUGAGAAAGAAAAAGCAGCAGCAGCAGCAGCAGCCGCAGCAGCACAGGUGCAGCAGCUGCAGCAGGAAGUUGAGAGGCUGGCACGUUAUGCAGAAGAUAAGCAGCAAGAGACAAAACAGUUAAGAGAAGACAACAGAUCUCUUGCAGAGUCGCUGAGGACGGCUCAGGAGCGUUUGACUGAGGGCGCAGCAGCAGCAGCAGCAGCAGCAGGCGCGGGGCCGCUGCAGGACUUGGCUGCGCUGCUGCAGCAGCAAGAAGACACAAUUCAAAGGGCGCUGCUGUCAAGGGCCCCUUCACGCUUCAUAAUCCGCAGCAGCAGCAAAAGGUGGCUGCCCAGCAGCAGCAGCAGGAGGCUUCCGAGCUGCUUGCGGAGCCGGAGAACUACUUCGUUUGCUGCCAGCAAAGCAACCACCGGCAGCAGCAGCAGCAGCAGCAGCAGCAGCAGCGGGGGGGAGGAGAAGGCCGCCGCUGCAGGCAAAAAGAAGCAGAGAAAGCCACACCCAAAAAUGCAGAAGCAGCAGCAGCAGCAGCAGCAGCAGCUCGAACUGCAGCAGCAGCAGCAGCAGCUGAGAUUGCAGCAGCAUCAGCAGCAGCAGCAGCCGCAGCAGCAGCCCCUCACAGACCGGAGCGUUUCCGUAAGCACCGACUUUAUAUCUGGGUUGGAGGCCGUGUUGUCUGCUGCUGCUGAGGGUUUGCGCUGCGUGGAGCUGCUGCAGCAGCAGCAGCAGCAGCAGCAGCAGCUAGCAGCAGCAGCAGCAGCAGCAGCAGGACUGGGGUUCCCCCAGCAGCAGCAGCAGCUAAUCUACCUUGAAGAAACUUUGCGCAGCAUUGCGCAGACAGCUGAGGGACUUGCUGCACACUGCACCUUCGCCCUAUCGCAGCAGCAGCAGCAGCAACAGCAGCAGCAGCAACAGCAGCAGCAGCAGCAGUCGCAGCGGUCACUUUCUUCUGGGGACGCUUCAGAGAUUUGCCGCGCCGAGGCUCGGCUGCAAGAGGCUUCCUCCUUAUUAGUUGCUGUUGAGGCAGCCCUGAAACCCUCAGAGCAGCCGCAGCAGCAGCAGCUGCAGCAGCAGCAGCAGCAGCAGCAGCAGCAAGUGGCGCUGCUGGGUAUGGGGGGCAAGGAAUAUCUUGAGGCGGAAAAUGAGGCGCUGGUAAAUUAA